AUGAAGGCUCUGGAGUUUGUGAUUGGUUCAUUUCAGAAUCUGGAGGAGCUGUCAAUCACAGCUCUGGGGCCGUGUGAUUGGGUGUUUGGAGGAUUGUCCUGUUACCAUGGCAUCCGCAUCACUGUCAUCACUCCGAGAAACAGUGAAGAAGAAGAAGAGCGAGAUCCCACGGGAACACAAGUCACACCACAGAUCUCAUUAAGAUCUCUAUUACUUCUUCAACGCGCAGAGGAACAACUGAUGACAUCCUUCACUCAUGGCGUCACUCUCAUGAUGUCUCGAGACUGCGGAGGUCAUGUGAUGGUGAUAAAUAAAGAUGAGGAUGCGUCUCUGUCCGUGGUGCUGAAUCACAGCUCGAUCCGGUGCAGUGCAGUAUCGCGGAUUCACACACGCUUCCGUGAACCGGAGAGACGCGCGCUGAACGCGGACGGUCAUGCCGUGACGCGCCGUGUUCGUGAAGCCGCGGAUGGUGAUGAAGAGGAUGAUGAUGAUGAUGGUGGUGUUACCGGGGCUCGUAAUCAGACUGACGGCGGUGAUGCUGAGAGUCCACAGGAGCAGAGCCCAGGGGUGUUGAGUCGCAUCGGGAGCUGGCUGUCCUGGGGUUGGGGCAGAAAUGACCCCACCUCCCAAACACAACAAGAAGAGGACCACAGAGAAACCAGAGCAGACGAGACAGACAGUCCCUCACGAGGCGAGACGAGCCCAGCCCUCGAGCGGAAUGCCAAACAUCUGAGACUCCAACGCAGUCCGUCGAUUGAGAGGAGAAGGUCACCUGAUCUCUGUGACCAAAUGGGCCGGAGGAGAUCUAGCAGGAAGAGGCGGAGCUCCCACGGAGAUGGGGGCGGGGCUAAAUCCCCAACCAGUCCUCAACCUGAAAGCCCUGAAGCAACCAGUUUGACCGGCGGCCCGCGGAUGACAUGCGCCGACUCAGCUUUUGAGGAGACGCCAGACAGCCUUCCUGAAACCCCUGGAGCAGAAGCGCCAAACUCAGGGAACCGUGAAGAUGUCUCCCAAACACACCUGAGCGAAGACGCAGAUGUGGAUUCACUCGCCCGAGCAGCGCUGGUUUAUACAGAUAUGGAUGAGGAACGUGUGGUGAGGCUGACGGAGAGCGCCGAAUCCAAGCGCAGGAGCAUCAAGGUGUCUCACAGCGAGGUGGUCUUCCCUAAAAAGCUCUUGGUCGCCUCGGAGGAACAGAGGGAAGACCAAAAUAUGACUCGUAAAGACACCGAACGGCUGAGAUCUGAUGGAAGAGCCAGAUAUCCAGAGGACAGAGCGGAUGGCACCAAUGUGAAGUCCAAAGGCCGAAUCGCAGACAAGAUCAGUCUGUUUGAGAGAGGAGACACCAAUGCAGUCAGCAGCUCCACAAACCUGCGUCACCUGGAUAUUUCUCCAGCUCGAAAUGUGGCCAGUCGUCUUUUCACAGAACGUGCCGGAGCCCGGUCCAGUUCUGCACCUCCAAACCAGACGGUUAAAGAGAGGGCGAUGAAUUUUAAUGCAGGACGGAAGGGGGGAGAUAAUCUGACUUUGCCGUCUGGUCAUACGCUGAGCGAAGGACAUUCAAAAAUGGCUGAAAUAUCGCAAUCUGAACGUUUUGAAAAAUCUACAGCAAAGACAGAUACCAGCGGAGAGCCAAAGGUUAAAUCCAAACCUCAUUUAAACAUAGAUCAAACAGACUCCAAAUCCCACAAUGCAACACAAAGCACAAGUGACUCAAACAUUGGGAAUAAAGAGCUGGAUUCUCCGCCAAUGGUUUCAUCACCUACUGAUGAGACACCAGAGGUGAAAUCACCAAACCAGACCAGCUCACGAUCUAAAAAGCGUCGGGGCAAAGAUCCACGGAGCCCCACCAAAGACAAACCUCCUGUAGACAUUUUAAAGACCACAGAGCAGUAUUCUGAUAAAGAAAGACCCGACUCUUCUAGGGAGGCCGUAACCAAAACACCUAAAGUCCCUCCAAGUUUGGAGAAAGCAGCAGAAAUUAUGCAAAGCACAAAGAAAAUAUCAGACUCUCCACAUGCGGACACAAAAUUUCCUAAAGAAAUGAAAAGCAAGGAGGAGAAACAGCAUAGCUCAAAUGAAGAGAAGAAAGAGCGGACAGAGAUUACCUCAAAAACGGAAGAGAAACUGAGAAACAUCAGCCAAAAGCAGCUUGGUCAUGAGCGCUCAGAAGGACAGGGGAAGAGGAACAGAGACGUGAUUGUAAACACAUCGUUUGGAGAGUCAGGGAAACCAGAUCCAUCUGUGACAAAAGAAGAGAAACCACCGUCCCUGGAGGACUUGAAGGAGGCCAACGCUAAAGACUCCUCUGAGCCAGCCAAUAACAGCACUACAGCUUCCAGGAGAGAAGCCAUGCGAAACAGAGGGAGUGAGACGGAUACGCUGGUCUUACCUGAGAAAAAAACUGAAAAUACCACUGAAAGUGAGCCAAAAUCAGCACAAACACCAUCCAAGACAAACCAAAAUAGUACUGAAGUCAGUACAUCAAAGCCAACCAAGCAGAAUGAAGAAGAAGCAAUUACAACAAAGACGACUAAACACGGUAAAUCAAAGAACACCUCAGCUGUGAGACAGGAAGACACUACAGUUUUGCCAACCAAUGAUGGUAAAGAGACUCAGACUUCAGAGUUAAACUCUGAAUUGUCUGAUCAGACUAAAGAAAACUCUACUACUACAAGUAGGACACCGGCAACACCAAACCCUACACUGGUCAAAGACCAGAAUGAAAAUACGGAUGCCAUAAUUUCACCUCAAAUUCCCUUUACAGAGGAAGGCGGUCUCAAAAGAGAUGAGCCACCCCUACAAAACCAAUCAGAGAGCGGAGAAGAACAGAAAACACAGGCAGUGUCUAAUAAAAGAGAUUUACAACAGCCUAGCACUGAUAUUAAAAAUGGAGGCACCAAGGAAACCCAUAGUGAAAUCACCGGCACAGAAAUUACAUCUGUAAUAAAUGGAGAUAUACACACUGUGCAGGUGGAAGAUCACGUUUCUGACUCUCUUAAACAGUCUGGAGAAAAUGCACUUUGCUCUAGCCUUGAAAAUACUUUAUCUGAAAUACCAUCUAAUAAUGGCAAUCUACCUAUGAUUUCAGCAAAAAAGAAGCCCACUUCCUUGUCAUCCAAAGCCACUGAAACAUGUACUGAGCAAUCUGGCCAGGUCACCGCUGAACCAGCCCCAAAAGAUGAUAAAGCUUUCAGUGAUAACGAGAACACAACUUUGUCAAACUCAGCUAAUAAAAAAACUAAUAAUGAAGAGACCACUCUUCCACCAGUAAUAACCACUCCUGAAAAACCAAAAACUGUCGAAAAAAACACAUCUCCACCAGCCUCAACCAAUGAGAAAACCUCCACUUUGCCUACCUCAACUAAAGAAAAUACUACAGGUCUAUCAACAUCCACCAAUGAUGAUGAAAACAAACCUCAACCAGCCUCAACUGAUGAGACAAUCUCUGCUUUGCCUGCCCCAAGAUCAGCUAACGAAAAGACCACGCCUCCAACAACAUCAGCUAAUGAACAGACCACGCCUCCAACAGGAUCAGCUAACGAAAAGACCACAUCUCCUACUGGAUCAGCUAAUGAACAGACCACGCCUCCAACAGGAUCAGCUAACGAAAAGACCACAUCUCCUACUGGAUCAGCUAAUGAACAGACCACGCCUCCAACAGCAUCAGCUAAUGAACAGACCACACCUCCAACAGGAUCAGCUAACGAAAAGACCACGCCUCCAACAGCAUCAGCUAAUGAACAGACCACGCCUCCAACAGGAUCAGCUAACGAAAAGACCACAUCUCCUACUGGAUCAGCUAAUGAACAGACCACGUCUCCAACAGCAUCAGCUAAUGAACAGACCACGCCUCCAACAGCAUCAGCUAAUGAACAGACCACGCCUCCAACAGGAUCAGCUAACGAAAAGACCACAUCUCCUACUGGAUCAGCUAAUGAACAGACCACGCCUCCAACAGGAUCAGCUAACGAAAAGACCACAUCUCCUACUGGAUCAGCUAAUGAAAAGACCAUGCCUCCAACAGCAUCAGCCAAUGAAAAGACUACUCCCCCAGCAGCAGCAUCAAAUGAACAGACCACGCCCCUAAGGGCAUCAGCUACUGAACUGACCUCGCCUCCAACAGCAUCAGGCAUUGAAUCAGCCACGCCUCUACCAGCACCAACCAUUGAGACAACUUGCACAUUAUCCGAUAAUGUACAAACCAUACCAUCUGCCUCAUUAACCGUUAGGUCUCCCUCCACUUCAUUAGCCUCCAGUGAUGAAAAGAACAAACCUCCACCAGCCUCAUCUAAUGAAAAUGACACAACUCCAUCAGAGUCAACUAGCAAAAUGACAACUAAUGAAAAUACCAAAUCCCCACAAGCCUCAACCAAUGGCACAACCUCCACUUUACCUGCCUCGCCUAAAGAAAAGACUACACCUUCACCAGCAUCAACCACUGAGACACUCUCUGCUACAUUAAGCUCCAGUGACGACAUAAACAAACUUCAUCCAGCCUCAACUAAUGAGACAGUCUCUGCUUUACCUGACUCAGCUAAUGAUAAGACAGUGCCUUCAACAGCCUCAACUAAUGAAAAGAACACAGCUACAAUAGAGUCAAGUAAUAAAUGGACAACUAAUGAAGAGACCACAUCUCCACAAUCCUCAACCAAUAAAACAACCUCCCAAAAAAAGACUGCUCCCCUACCAGCAUCAAUCACUGAGACAAUCUCUGCUACAUUAAGCUCCAAUGAUGACAAGAACACACCUUCACCAACCUCAACUAAUGAAAAAACUACAUCGUCAUUAGACUCCAAAGAGAGAACCACACCUCCACCAGCCUCAACUAAUGAUACAAUCUCCACUUUGACUGGCCUGGCUAAUGAAAAGAACACCCCUCCCGCAGCAUUAGCCAAUGAAAAAGCCAAACCUAUACCAGGACCAACUAUUGAGACAACCUCCACAUUAUCUGGCUCAGAUAAUGAAAAGACCACUCCAUCUGCAUCAUCAACCAUUGAGUUUGCCUCCUCUUCAUUAGGCUCAGGUGAUGACAAGACCAAACCACCAUCAGUCUUAAAUAAUGACAAGACCACACCUCCACAAGCCACAACUAAAGAAAAUGCUGCACCUCUACAAUCUUCAACCAAUCCACCAGUCUCCAUUGAUAUCACUACUAAAAAUGAAAAGACCACACCACUACCAACAUCAUCCCAUUCCCCCCUAACCUCUAUCAAUGGAAAUAAUAUAACUCCACUUCCUUCAUCCAAAGAAAAGACAAUAUCACCACCAGACAAUGAUAGUAGCAAGGCCACACCUUCACCAGAAAAGCCCUUGGGUCCUGAAGUCUCAGUGAAAGAGAAGAUCUUCUCCAUUAAAUCUACAACUCCAUCCACAAGAAAAAAUGAAUUUAUCCUCAAACCCUUUCUCCUUCCACAAAUCCCUGCUGCACCCGGAAGCUCCUCCCAAAGCAGGGACUCUCCAUCUAGCUGGCUCGAUGUGGAUCACCAACGUCCUUUAAGGAAGAAGCUGUUGAUUCCAGAUCCCAAGCUGAGCUCCUCUGCGAGUGAGACCAACCUCCUGAACACAUCGGGAGAUUUUGACCCAGAUGACUUCAUUGCAAAUGUGAAAAGGCUAGCAAUGCCAUUCAAUCUUCCCCUACGCAAACACAAUAAACAUCGUCUGCAAGCACCUCCGUUUGCCAUGCCUGCCAUCAAAGAAGACCACUUUGAGAAACCCUUUGAUCCGGAGGAGUUCCAGUAUGGCUUGAGGCGAAGGAGAGAAUUCAUUUUGGAUUUGCCUUCAAGUUCAAAAUCAAAGAGUCAAGCUGCAGAAGUCAAGGACGCAGAGAUCAAACCAAAACGAGAGAGCAUCCUCACGAGGUCCGUUAUCUUUCAGAGAGCAAGGAAGGGGUCUGAAAAGGUAGAGGAAGAAAAAGAGGAGGGAACAGAUGUAAAUACAACAGAAACACUGAAGCCAAAAUCUCGUUUGGAGAGAUGCUCUAUCGUAAGCGUUCUACGCAGCCCCAGUAAAGGAAGACGAAUGGAGUUUUUAAGCCCCACUGAGAGUCCUUCAGGUGGACUGUUAUCACCCAGCGAUGGUUCUGGGUAUACAGCACCUCCAGAAUUACAGCUAGCCCCAACUAUAGAACCAACCAAAUUGGUCCCAAUAGAGGAAACCCUAGUUAAGAAUAACAGCCACGAUACACUGUCUGGUUCUCAGGUUAUUCUAAAAUCUAGCUCGGACAUUGGGCUUGCCAUGACACCUGACCUCAAAACGUCUUCAAGAGACCCCACAGUCUCUCUAUUAAAAGACUCUAGUGGUAGCCAAGCUAGUUCCCAGGUUGUACCGACUCCUAUGAAAGAUGAUGAACCUACUCUUGCACCUGACUUGAAAGCAAAUUCAGCAGAACCUUCAGUCACCAUGUUUACAGACACUAAUGUUCCUACUCCCCCCAGUGAUUCCCAGACCAGUUCCCAAGUUGUGCUGAAACCUAUGAAAGAUAUUGGACCUACCCUGGCACCUGACUCGAAAACAACUUCAGCAGACCUUCCAAUCACAAUGUUAACAGACACUGAUGCUCCUCCACCUAGUUGUACUCAGUCUGGUUCCCAGGAUGAUGGACUUGCCAUGACACCUGACCUUAAUGCCUCUACUCCUCCCCGUGGUUCCCAGACUGAUUCCCAGGUUGUACUGAAACCCACUACAGAUGAUGGACCUACACUGACAACUGACUUGAAAAUAACUUCAUUAGACCCUUCAAUCACCACGUUAACAGACGCUAAUACACCUUUGAUGCCUAGUUAUACCCAGUGUGGUUCCCAGGAUGAUCUUAAACUUAUCAAGGAUGAUGGACCUGCAAUAAUACCUGAUCUCCAAAAAACUUCAAGAGACCCCACAGUCACUAUGUUUACAGACACUAAUGAAUCACUGCUUCUCAAUUGUACCCAGACUGGUUCUGAUGAUGCCCUGAAAACAACUACAGUAGAUGUGAAUGCUUCUCCACCAUGUCCUUGCUUUGAUGACAUAAUGUUGCCUUGUUUCCUGGAGAAAUUUCUUCCUGAGGAACCUGAAAACGCUCAACCAUCAAAUAAGAUCAACCCACUGAUGGCUAGAGAAAGUGCCUCAGUUCCUGGUCUAGUGGAUCUGAAUAAGGCUGUUGACGUAGCUGAUGGGAAGAUCCCAGAAGAGACGAUUCCUCCGGCACCUGUAGUUCCAGCGGCUCAAAUCCCUCAAGCUAAACCUCAGCGAACACUUCCAAAUAUUCCAGCUUCUCGCGGAAUCCACCGGCGUCCUGGAAAGAUUGUGAUAUUUGAGCACCAUCAGUUCAGCGGUCAGUCCUUUGAGUUCUACAGGGAUCAACCUGAUUCCACACACAUGAAACUGUCCAGUGUCAUAUCUGUUAAAGUGGUCAGAGGAUGCUGGAUAUUAUAUGAGAAACCGGGAUUUGAGGGACGAUGCAUCCCUCUGGAAGAGGAAGGAGUUAUAGAACUGCCCAAUCAAUGGACAGAAGAGGGUGAAGAAACAUCUGCCCCUGUGGUCAUUGGCUCAAUUCGACUGGCUGUCAUAGACUACACUCCUCCCCGGAUAGAGCUGUUCACCGAGCCCGCUGGAAUGGGCAGAAGCUCUGAGUUUGUGGAUGAAACUGUGGAAGUGGGCAGUUUUAACCGUCCUCAGAGCACCGGCUCCAUCAAAGUCCACAGUGGUCUGUGGAUGGUUUACAGUGAUCCAGGUUUCCAGGGUCUGCUGGCGGUUCUGGAGGCCGGAGAGUAUCCGUUCCCGGAGGCCUGGGGUUUCCCGUCGCCCGUGGUCGGCUCUCUGAGACCUCUGAGAAUGGGCGCUCUGAAGGUCGAGAAGCCAAACGCAGUCAAGGCCGUGUUGUAUGAGAAGGCCGGUCUGGAGGGCCGAUGCAUGGAGGUUCAGGGAGACGUCUUCUCCUUCACCAGGACAGAAACGGACCCGAGCGACCCGGACGAUCACGGACUGAACUGUGUGGAAUCACUCAAGAUCCUCGGAGGCCUGUGGGUGGGAUACGAUGACGAAGAUUUCGAGGGGCAGCAGUUCGUUCUGGAGGAAGGAGAGUAUUUGGACUGGACAGACUGGGGCGGAACGGGGGAACAACUCCUCUCUCUACGGCCCGUUUUCAUGGAUUUCUCCUCCCCUCAUAUGAAGAUGUUUAGUGAGCCGGACUUCUCAGAGCGCGGCGUCUGCAUGGACCUCCUGGAGCCGCUGGAUAACGCCUUGAACACACGCUACGGCCCGCAGACGCGCUCCAUCGAGGUCCUGGCCGGAGUGUGGGUGGUGUUCGAGGGUCCCGGGUUCUCGGGUCAGCAGUAUGUUCUGGAGAAGGGUCUGUACGGAAGCCCGGAGGACUGGGGCUCCUCCCACAGCCGCGUCUGCUCGGCCGUCCCCGUGAUCCUGGAAAAUCUGGAAAGCUCCUGCCACUUCCAGAUGGAGUUAUUCUCUGAGUCUGGAUUCGGAGGAACAUCUGUCCUGCUGAAGGACUCAUUACCCACAAUCCCCAGCGGCUUCAGUGUGCGCUCCUGCAGGGUUCAUGCGGGCAGCUGGCAGGCGUUCAGCGGCGAGUGUUUCUCGGGUCAUCAAGAAAUGGCCACAGACAUGUAUCCGUUUUUGCCCUCUUUCUCUCCCUCGACCUGUCUUCCUCCAUCUUCUGUCUCUCUCCUGCAUGCACACCCAGAGCAAAAGGCUGUGAACAACACCCAGACCGUUCUCUAA